AUGGGCCACGAGAACGCUGUCUACCUCGCCAAGCUCGCUGAGCAGGCUGAGCGCUAUGAAGAGAUGGUUGAGAACAUGAAGGUCGUUGCCUCGGCCGACGUCGAGCUCACCGUCGAGGAGCGCAACCUUCUCUCUGUCGCCUACAAGAACGUCAUCGGUGCUCGUCGUGCCUCGUGGCGAAUUGUCACCUCAAUUGAGCAGAAGGAGGAGUCCAAGGGCAACGAGGGCCAGGUCACUCUUAUCAAGGAGUACCGCCAGAAGAUCGAGGCCGAGCUCGCCAAGAUCUGCGACGAUAUCUUGGAGGUUCUUGACGACCACCUCAUCAAGUCUGCCCAGUCUGGCGAGUCCAAGGUCUUCUACCACAAGAUGAAGGGUGACUACCACCGUUACCUCGCCGAGUUCGCCAUUGGCGAUCGCCGCACGGAUGCCGCCGACAAGUCCCUCGAGGCUUACAAGGCCGCCACCGAGAUCGCUCAGACUGACCUCGCCCCUACCCACCCCAUCCGCCUUGGCCUGGCCCUGAACUUCUCCGUCUUCUACUACGAGAUCUUGAACUCGCCCGACCAGGCUUGCCACCUCGCCAAGAUGGCCUUUGACGACGCCAUUGCUGAGCUCGACACCCUCAGCGAGGAGAGCUACAAGGACUCUACCCUGAUCAUGCAGCUCCUCCGUGACAACCUGACUCUCUGGACCUCCUCCGAGGCCGAGACCUCUGCCGAGGCUGCCCCCGCCGAGAAGAAGGAGGAGGCGCCGGCCGCCGAGGAGAAGCAGGCCGAGUAA